AUGUCCGACUAUUUGCCUCCUAACUUGCUACUGGAAAUACUUUCCAGGCUGCCAGUCAUAAGCCUUUUACGAUUCAGGUGUGUAUCGAAACAAUGGUGUUCUCUCAUAUCAUCUCCCCAUUUCAUCUCCAUUCACUUAUCACUUGCCACUGUUAUGGCUACGCCUAAUGCUACUGCUACUGCUACUCCCCUAUUCCUCCUGCGUCACCUCUCCAUCAGACCCAAGAAACAAGAAAAGUACUCUGUUUACCUUCACCCUUCGAAAACCGAAAACCUCAUUCUUGUUAAAGAACUCAACUUUCCAUUCAAGACUGACUCAGGAAACCAUUUCAGAGUUGUGGGUUUCUGUAAUGGUUUGUUUUGUCUCUCUGAUGAUUUUUUCAGGUACAGGGAUACUGUCAUUCUCUGGAACCCAGCUAUUCGCAAAAGUAUCAUUCUCCCUAAGCCUCGUGUUCAUUUUGGUCCGUAUGGGCCUUACAUGUUUUGCCUAGGAUUUGGGUUUGAUGAGAAGAAGUGUGACUUUAAAGUGGUGAGGAUUGCAUAUUUGCAGGAUGGUAAUGGUGCUUAUACAGUAUUGCCUCCUGAAGUUGAGGUCUAUAGUUUAAGUACUGGAUUAUGGAAAACAGUUAAGAAGGAUAUUCGGUGUAGAAUUGUUGAGUAUUUCUAUAGUAGUGUGUAUCUGAAAGGGGCUAUUCAUUGGGUUUCGUAUAGGAAGAAUGAAGGCGGGGAUUUUGCGAAUAGGUUGUUGGUUUUUCAUUUAGGUGAUGAGAGAUUUAGUGAAAUGGGAUUGCCCAAAAGAUCGGGGAUCUAG